UCGUUUCUUUAGAUAUGCGUAUUCGUGGAAACGUGGAAUUGCGCGAACGUUCGCAGCCUGCUUAUAAGAAUACGCGUUCUGACAAACUCGAUAGGGCGAAAUAGUCAAAUUAUAAUGCGCGUUUAGUGUAUACACAUUGCACAUACGUAUGAUAUUGGAUUGGCAACUAAAUGAUCGCGCAUUUUGUCGAUACCAUCUAAUGUCAAAAUCCGCAAUCACUUAGUUGCCAGCCCAAUCGAUUCUCACGAGAGUGUGAAUCUUGGUCUUUGGACGUUUUAUUCUUCGGAAGGACGUUUCAUCGAAACGCGCAUUUGCUUGGAACGAUGGCUUAGCGGCUUACCGAUUUAAUACGUUGAGGGUGCUGAUGGCAGAUGACUGUACAGUGACUCCCAGAGGCGGAUGACGCGAGCGCGUAACGCGUUAAGAAAGAGGAAAAACCUCUCGGUGGCUACGCGAUUUCGGUUCUCCUUCGGAUCGACGCGUUAAGGCGAUCUUUUAGCGAACGACAUACGUACACACGCAUAUACAUAUACUUGGUGCGUAGGUUUAGAAACGGCGCGAGGGUGUGCGUACGUAGAAUCGGAUCGCGAUCGUUGAGAACGAAAAGAAACAUAGAUCACCAAGAUACUCGGAAGAAUAAGAACACCUAAGAAACGCUAUACGAUAACUAGCGUAAUUAAAAAGCGAAGCAAAAUAAUGCAAUCGGUAAAAUACACACAAAAGAAGGAAGAAAAAGGACGAUGGAGAGGAAAGGAAAAAAGCAAACGUAACGAAAUAGCAGCCAGUAGGAUUAGAGAACGAAGGAGGAUACGAUCGAAGUAGGAUAACUAGUAUUAAAAAGUGGAUGAAGAAAGAAUGGAAUGGCAAGUCGGAGAAGCGACGGUGGCGAGGAGAACCGUGGGUUUCGAAGGAGGGAUGAAUGAGGUGUGUGGGUAGGGACAGGGUUAACGCGGAAGCGUUCGAAACAGGGCGAAGAGGAGCGUUAAAGGGGCGGGAGCGAAGGAGAACAGUGGGGGUUUCCGGAGGCACCGUGGACCAUGCGCUUUCGCGUCCGACCGAAAGGACUUUGGAUCUUCGAGGAUCGGGAAGAGAGGUGACGGGUAAAGAAGUGGCAGAGGCGCGAACGUGGACGUGGCCGCGAUCGCGAACGCGAACGCGAAAGCGAAUGCGGACGACGGUGGGCAGAGAGUGCGACCGAGCCCCGAGCCGGAAAAAUCGGGGUGAGAUGCACCCUCGCCACCAUCGUCACUCUCAAUCGGCCGCGACGCUUCCACCUGAAAGCACGGCUGCUGCACGCUAACCGGCUCGACGUCUCGUUCACCAGCGAUUCAUCGAUUCCGAGGGGCCGACUUCUCUAUCGUCUGCUCGCACCUUCCAUCCACUUUGCCCUACCGAUCCGUCUUCAACGCCAUAGAUUAUCCAACGAACCAAGACGAGUGACUCAUAGAACAAGGAUGGGUGGUGGAGAAUGGAGCGGCUGGUUGCAACGAUGUCGAGAAUCGCGAAAGCUGGUUCUCAUAAUCGUUGCCAUCGCUCUGCUCUUAGACAAUAUGCUUCUGACCACGGUUGUGCCCAUUAUACCGGAGUUUCUAUACGACAUCAAGCAUCCUAACGCAACCUUGAGUCAGCAUCUGAACGAGGGUGGUUCCCGUCGAACGUUCACCGGUGUUCAAGCAACAAGCGGUAAUAUCGUCACAUCUACGAGUUCCAGUGUAACAACUACGCCAAAAUGUCCUUGUGCUGUGACCAAGUCGAACGAUUCUCAAUUGGAGUUUCUUUACGUGAGCACGCCUUCUAGCAUCGAGUCAAGCGGUUUGCUUGAGAGUACGAAUAGCGGCGAAAUAAAUUCGGCAACGGAAGAUCCGGAUGAAAAGGCGCAACGACAUCGCGAGUUGCUGCAAGAAACGACUGCUGUUGGUUUAAUGUUCGCCUCCAAGGCUUUCGUUCAAUUGCUGGCAAAUCCAAUCGUCGGUCCGCUUACCCACAAAAUCGGUUAUAGCAUACCCAUGUUCACUGGCUUCAUCAUUAUGUUCCUUUCAACACUGAUAUUUGCGUUUGGACGAAGCUACGGAAUUCUUUUCUUAGCGAGGGCGCUUCAGGGAAUCGGCUCUUCGUGUUCCAGCGUUUCAGGUAUGGGAAUGUUGGCCGAAAGAUACCAAGACGACAAGGAACGUGGUAACGCGAUGGGUAUUGCACUCGGUGGAUUGGCUCUUGGUGUUCUCAUCGGGCCUCCAUUUGGCGGCGCGAUGUACGAAUAUGUCGGAAAAUCUGCUCCGUUCUUAGUACUUUCGGCAUUGGCCCUUGGCGACGGAAGUGAGUAUUUCUCCAUGUUCAUCUUUUUCUUACGCGCCAUUUACUUCCAUUCUAUCUUACAUUUAUCGAUUGUACUUUGUAUAAUACCAUUCCCAGUUUUGCAACUUCUGGUGCUUCAACCGUCUGUCGUGUACACCGAAGCGGAACCACCGUCUCUCAAAUCUCUGGUCACCGAUCCUUAUAUCGGUUUAGCUGCUGGUGCUAUUACGUUCGCCAAUAUGGGUAUCGCAAUGCUAGAACCUAGUCUUCCUAUCUGGAUGAUGGACACGAUGGAUGCGAGUAGAUGGGAGCAAGGUGCUGCCUUUCUACCGGCAAGCAUUAGUUAUCUGAUCGGUACCAAUCUUUUCGGACCACUCGGACAUAGAAUGGGCAGAUGGUUAGCUGCAUUGAUCGGGUUGGUCGUGAUCGGCAUUUGCUUGAUGUGCAUACCGCUGGCUAAAAGUAUUCAUCAUCUGAUCGUACCUAACGCAGGCUUGGGAUUUGCUAUCGGAAUGGUGGACAGUUCGAUGAUGCCGGAAUUGGGAUACUUAGUCGACAUACGACACACCGCUGUCUAUGGAAGUGUAUAUGCUAUCGGAGAUGUUGCGUUUUGUUUAGGUUUUGCCGUUGGACCUGCUUUGAGUGGUACGUUAGUCAACAGUAUUGGCUUUGAAUGGAUGUUAUUUGGCAUUGCCAUUUUGAACUUUAUUUAUGCCCCACUGAUGUACUUUUUGCGGGCGCCGCCAACGAAAGAGGAACAGAAGUCGUUGAUAAUUGGCGAAAAGUCGUCUGUGCGCUACGUAACGUACCAGAAUGAGGAAGAGGAACAGUAAAUGGACGGAUAUUUCUGAACACAGGAUAGCGGCGUGCAUUUCGUUCUCUACAUUCUUGAAGAUGGAACAACGAGUUAAAUGUAAUACGGAAAAUCUCUAUGUUAAUAACGUUCCGAGAAAUCUAGAUAGGUAAAACACUAUUAUGUAUCCCUUUGUCUAGCGCAAUCUGUAUAUACACGUAACAUUAGAUCGUAAGAAUAAGUGUGUGCGUUCAAGAGAAUCGUAUACGUCGAUGACACGUAGCUAACGUCGAUAAAUUACACUUACGUCGAAUUGAUCGAGGCACCGAGGCAAAAAUACAUCGAUAUAACGAACACGUGUGUAGCUUAAACGCACGAUGCCCAAGAUUGGGAUGUUGUCCUGUCGUGAAACGCAAACUGUGUGAAAUUUCAACCGCUCGAGUCAUUGUCGAUGUUUCAAAGAGUAUCAAUUUCCUAAAGAAAGAAGAAAAUUAUUUACUCGGAGAACCGCCUGCUUUGGAUUCCCUGAAUGGCUGCAGGGAAACCAUGCGAUAAUGGCGAGCAGGCAGGAUGAAGAGUUCUCGAAAUUACAUUCGAUCGAAUUGUGAAUUAGCAUUGAAUCGACCAUGAGAAGUGGUUUGAUUACCCUUUACGUAAGCAUACUUACGAAGCAUGUAAUGCCUUAAGGAUUGGAGAUUCGCGAGUUUGUGUUUAACGAGUUAGGAUAAAGACCGAAUUUCGACACGUUCUUUCGCACGAUGCAUGAUACUCGUCAGAUCGAUCCGCUGACGAGUAUUUUCGUUGUGCUCUACGAUAGAUUAUUCGCCAAUAACCAAAGAGAAAUAUUCCUCUGACGUGGAGGAAAUAUAUUCAAACCAAAACGAAACUAUAAUUAUCGAAGGAUGAGUCAACAGCGUUCAACGAAUUUGCAAAUUACACGAUAAACUUUAUGUGAGUUCGCGGCGGAAAACUCUAACAAGAAAAUGUUUGUGCUUCCUUUUUCUGUGCGUGUAAUGCUUUCCGACGAUCAAGUCGAUUCCUUUUUGUCCGUUGUGCGUGUUUGUGAUAGGUAUCAAACGAAUUAAAAUAUAGAAACGUAGGAACUAAACUCGUAUAUAACACGUUCUUUCUUCUAAUAAUUCUAUGUAGACAAUACACAAUCCAUACAUACACGCGCGCGUAUAAUAUAUUAGCUAUAGGUAGGACAUAUCUAUAGAAAAAUAUCAUAGAACGUAUAUAUCGUUUACUUAUAUCGCUACAAAAUAUGCUAGAGUUGAUCAUUGUAUAAUUGUUGUUUGCUCGUGGAAAAUGCAUAAUGUCGUUACGAACAAAAGUUAUAUGAUUAUAAAUACGUUUGGAUUCUAAGCUACUGCGAAUGCGUAUGGAAAUUAACAAAAAUACGGAUCGUGUCGUUGCAUGUUAGAUGAAUCUCGAGUGCGAGGUUAUCACGAUUGAAUUUCGUGAUACAUAUUUUCCGAUAAGAAAAAUAUUAUAUAUCUCUGUAGUAGUGUUGUAGAACGUUUGAAUUCAUGAUGUUGCCGAACCUGUACAAAAGUAUGUAUUAUGUUAAUAUACAUAUAAUAAUAUAUAUAUAUAGCAGAAGGGUUGCAACGAGAUGAAAUAUAAUAUGGAAUACAUAUGCAUAUAUAGAAUAGAAUUCUAUUCAAGAGAGAGAGAGAGAGACAGUUUUCCACCGCGAAUUCCGUGAAUUCUCGAGGUUGCGUUACGUUGUCACGCGAACGCCGACCUACUCCCGAUAUGAAACGCGAGUCAAUUCGAUUUGCAAAUUCAUCGCGAACGUUUGCCACGACCGAGCGUACUCGAGAGGAAAAGGUAACAGAGUAGGGGCAUCGUGUUCACAAAAGUGGAUCGAGAUCUCGAACGAUUUCCAGAACCGAGUGUAACGAGCCAAAGAGGUUAAAGAAACGUACGAAUUGUCAUCCUUGCAUUGAUAUAUCGUUAUAAAUUAUCUGUAUUAAUGUUACAAUGCAACAUAUAUUCUCGUUAAGGAUUCUUUACAUUUCUGUAAAUAUAGAGAACGUACGUAUGUAUUUAAGGAGCAAUUAUAACAGAAUGUAGUUAACAUUUACGGGUCAACUUCAUUAUUAAUCAACAACGAUUUACCAGCUUCUUCAUUUCCAUAUUCUUCUUUUUCUAGACUAUGAUUUAACCAACAUGAAAGAUCUGUCGCGUACGAUAGAACUUCGACCAUGAUGUAUAAUUAUUAGAUUGCGGAUAUUUAUGCAAAUUCAUAUUUUUAUGAAUAUGUACAUGUUAGAAAAUCAAGCUUAAAUGGUUCUAUUGUCUAAAUAUCAUAGCAAAUGCCCUACUUUCGAUGUUUUAUAUAUCUUCAUAUGCUAUAUGUACUGUGUCCAUUAUUGUACCUUUAAAUUUGGCAUAAGUACAUAAAAAUCCACAGUCUAGUAAUUAUGGUCUAUUAUUACACUCAUCUGAUGUUAUCUCGCUUUUGCAACAUUUUGUCUUAGCGUUCCAUGUCGGAUGAAUUGAAAGUGAUUGCUGCUAUUGCAAACAGACAAUAAGCGAUAUCAUGAAACGUGAAAGUUUCUUGGCACACGAAAUCGCGGAAACAAACGGUCGUUUUAAUCGUUGUUUGAUGAAACCUUCUCUUUGAUAAAUAAUGCGUCCUUGAUCCAUUUGGGCUUGACAGGUUGUUAAAUGUCGUUGAAAGUGGGUUUCAUUGAAUUUAGACGAAGCCAGAACGAACAACAGAUGUCUCACAUAUAUCUAAGUGUGCAUAAUUCUAUCUCCAACGGGCAUUGCGUGCAGGCAUAAGCCAAUAAAUUACCAAUACAUUUUCCUUCCUCUUGUCCUCUGUCAUUGUAACGUAUAUACAUAUAUGCAUAUAAUAUUUAACCAGCUGGUGUAUGGGUCCGAUUUAAUCUGUCUGUGUAGUCGUCGAAAAACAGCGAGACUCAAGAAGGAGAAAGGUAUUUUUUAUUCUUGAUAAGCGAUGCAAUUGUAUUGUGUGUGCGUACGUGUGUGUGUACUUAUGUAAAGUUGUACCGAACUUUUGAAGUACGUAAAAAUGCAUGUAUUUGCGAAGGGAAUAUUAUAUGGCAAGGGAAUUAGAACGCGCACGCAAAUCGACUCUGAAAAUCGUCAGUUUUUCGCUCAACGAUAUCGAUGUCCGAACGCGAUGCUCCAAAACAUUUCGAAUUUUUAUCUCAUAAGAUCGCUACAAACACGAGGCAACCUUAUUUCAAAUGAAUCGAGUGUUAUUCGACGUUAUUUGUCGUUGAAACGCAUGAUAUGUUUAUGUGUAUGUUGUUCAAUAAUAUGUAUUUAAAUAAACAUUUACGUGUUUAACGUGAAAAAUCAUUGCAUAUAUAUAUGUUCAUGUCUGGGAAAAUUAAAAAUAGAAUAUUAGUACUUCAUGAAUAUUCUAUGAGUGUUAGAUUAGGUAAUAUCUUUUUCUGGUCAUGGUGCAUUGUACAUUUCAAUACAUUAUGAUAGAGAUAUAUAUAUAUCUAUAUGUGUGCAUAUAAUAUAAUAUACAUACACAUAUAUACACAAUAUUAAAUUUAUUUAUUCUCUAGAUAUCCAGGGUAGAAAAAUAUUUUGUUAGAGAACACGUAUCGAUGACUGACUAUGUAAUAAUUUUCGACGGAUGAAUCAGAUUCUACGUUACAAACGAAAAGACUAUAAUAUGGUUGCGUUAAUACACAUCGACUUUUUAUGUAACUCACAUAUCAUCUCUCAUUGAUAGCUAUCAUUACAAACAACUUUAAUUGAUAAUUAACAUUCAACAGCAGUAUAUACAAAAACAUAUUACUUAAUACUACUAUAGUCAUAUUAUCGUAUUCGCGUAUACGUGAAGAUGUGCAACAUAAUAUGUUAAUUGAAUUGUAAUUGUUUGAAAAUGAAAUAUAAAUAUAUAUAUAUGUUUGCAUAUUUACUUAUAUUUAUAUUUCAUUCUCAAAUAAUUACAAUUCAAUUAACAUACUUCAACUUAUUACGUUAUUACGUUGAGAUAUUUACUUCUCAAAAGACACUAAAAUAAUAAAACAGCGUCGAUUGUCGUCACCAAAGUAUUUACCAAAUAUUCAAUAUUCAGCACUUUUCCAUAGUAAAAUGUGCUCAUAUAUUAUUUUCACGUUUUGACGACAAGAUCGGAAAUAAGUGUACUAAGCCAAAUAAAAAAUAACGAUUACCAAAUUCGCGGCAUACAAUGAUUUGAUCUAAGUAUAUGUAUGUCCUUCCCGUUGACUUAAGCGUUAUAGAUCGUUCACAUUAUUGUAUCACAGUAAUCUAAAAGUAAAUAAGUCUAGCGUCUUCUGGAUUUUGUUCUACUGGACAAUAUGGACAUUUCAAUCUGGAAAAUAAAAUUCAAUUUUUAUUUAUA